AGGUCCCGGCGCGGCCAUGAGCGAACUGGAGCAGCUGCGGCAGGAGGCGGAGCAGCUGCGCGCCCAGAUCCGGGACGCACGGAAAUCAUGCGGCGACUCCACCCUGAGCCAGAUCACCGCCGCGAUGGACCCCGUGGGGCGCAUCCAGAUGCGGACGCGACGCACCCUGCGAGGCCACCUGGCGAAAAUCUACGCCAUGCACUGGGGCACCGACUCCAGGCUGCUGGUCAGCGCCUCGCAGGACGGGAAACUCAUCAUCUGGGACAGUUACACCACGAAUAAGGUCCACGCCAUCCCGCUGCGCUCCUCCUGGGUCAUGACCUGCGCCUACGCCCCGUCGGGGAACUAUGUGGCCUGCGGGGGCCUGGACAACAUCUGCUCCAUCUACAGCCUGAAGACCCGGGAGGGGAACGUCCGCGUGAGCCGGGAGCUGCCGGGCCACACGGGUUACCUCUCCUGCUGCCGCUUCCUCGAUGACAAUCAGAUCAUCACCAGCUCAGGGGACACCACCUGUGCGCUGUGGGACAUCGAGACGGGGCAGCAGACGACGACGUUUGGGGGCCACAGCGGGGACGUGAUGAGCCUCUCGCUGGCCCCCGACGCCCGGAGCUUCGUGUCCGGCGCCUGCGACGCCUCCAUCAAGCUGUGGGACGUGCGGGACAGUAUGUGCCGGCAAACGUUCACCGGGCACGAGUCCGACAUCAACGCCGUGUGUUUCUUCCCCAACGGGAACGCCUUCACCACGGGCUCGGACGACGCCACCUGCCGGCUCUUCGACCUGCGCGCCGACCAGGAGCUCAUGAUGUAUUCGCACGACAACAUCAUCUGUGGCAUCACCUCGGUGGCGUUCUCCAAGAGCGGGCGCCUCCUGCUGGCCGGCUAUGACGACUUCAACUGCAACAUCUGGGACGCCAUGAAAGGCGACCGCGCAGGGGUCCUGGCCGGCCACGACAACCGCGUGAGCUGCCUGGGGGUGACGGACGACGGGAUGGCCGUGGCCACUGGCUCCUGGGACAGCUUCCUAAAAAUCUGGAACUAGCCCCCUGCUGCCCCACACCCUGGGGCGGGGCUGCCGGUGGCCCCACCCACAGCAGGGAGGGGUGUGGCUUUACCUCUCAGCCCCU